AUUGCAAGGUUCCGAUAUUUAGUUCGAAACCGCUGUCUUUGUCUUUGCCCUGCCUCCACAGUGGUUCCUUUCUCGAACAUGACGUACCAGGUUAGCGCUGCCCACAAGCGGAGCCAACAAAUGCGGGUGAAGCAAGUGGAUCCCUGUCGCUCCUGCGGUCACGACAUUGCCAGUUAUCGCGACUCACCAUGGCGACCAUAAUCUUACUUCCACACAAAACUGCACAGCAACCGUGUUCUGGAGGUGGGCUCCUGCUACUCCGAACAGCCUGAGCAACAGCCCUACAUUCCAUUGGUCGAUACAUCCUCGAGAUACCUUUCUUCAACAUGGCUGAGCCACAGACCCUUGACAACAAUGUUAACAGGAGGGAGGAGUCCCAAUCAGACGACAAAAAUUACUUGACGGUCACCCUGCCUGGUCCAGGUGGCUCGUCUGCAGCAGAUGCUAUCUUGGAACUAUAUGAAGAUGUUACGAAGCACCCAAGGCUGGCUAAGAUCACCAAGCACUUGACGUCAGAUACCAAAGAAGCGGCUCCGGGGAUUCGCGAGACACAUGUCAUUCUGUCAGUCGGCUCAGGGCACCAGAAGGCGGCCGUUUUCUACGAUGAAUGCGUAGGCCCACUUCUCGCCGCCUUGUACGCAAAUGACUACCAGAAAUUCCAUGUGCACACCACAACAUCAGCGACAAGUGUGCUCGAGCUCGCAAACGGUACAUUAUUUACAAAAGCAAAUGCAGGCACAGCUCUCCGCAUCAUUGUCCUCUCGGGCGAUGGUGGCAUCAUCGAUCUCGUUAACGGUCUCUCAUCACACGCCACAUCAGCUUCUUACAUCGCGCCCCAAGUUGUCCUGAUACCUCUGGGAACUGCAAACGCGCUCUACCACUCCAUCAACCCUGCGGAACAGAACACAUGGGGCCUCGCCGCGCUAGCAUCAUCACAGUCCAGCCCCUUACCGAUCUUCACGGCUUCCUUCUCACCCGGCGCACGCCUCCUCGUCGACGAAGCGCGCAGCGAGGAAGAGCUUGCUACAGACCCCUCAUCAGGCCGACCGAUCCUCCACGGGGCGGUAGUGUGUAGCUGGGGCAUGCACGCCUCACUCGUCGCGGACAGCGACACGGCCGAGUACCGCAAGUUUGGUGUCGAGCGCUUCAAGAUGGCUGCGAAAGAGGCUUUGUACCCUGCUGAUGGGUCAGCGCCGCACGCGUACAAAGCAAAAGUGUCAGUGCUGAAAGGCGAUGAAUGGACGUCGUUGAAGGAGGAAGAGCACAUGUACGUUCUUGCGACUAUGGUCUCGAAUCUCGAACAGCCGUUUUGCAUAUCUCCGCACUCGAGACCGCUGGACGGGACCAUGCAUCUUGUGCACUUCGGACCUACGAGUGGUGAUGAGGCGAUGCGGUUGAUGGGUCUAGCAUACCAGGGCGGCAAACACAUUGACGACCCGGCUAUACGCUACGAAGCUAUCGACGGCUUGCGUAUCAAAUUUCAAGGCAAGGAAGAACAGGGUCAGUGGAGACGAAUCUGCGUUGAUGGCAAGAUUGUCAGGGUUGAAACGGACGGGUGGGUCGAGCUCAGGAAGGACGCAAGGAGAGUGUUGGAUGUUGUUACAGUCUAAGUAUGUAAAGACGCAACUGUUUCUAAGACAAGCAUGCAGCUCACCUGGGCAGAUUCGAGCUAUAAGCGCCAGCCACGUGCCAGCAAGGCUGAGGAACGCUCCUUUCUACUCACUUGGCCAGGAACGUUUCUCGGUCCGAUCCUCGCUUUCCCUGUAUGUCGACAUCACGAUAGGCUGCUUCAACCUUCCGCCGAUUCUACACUUCUUGAGCUUGUUUACAUCGCGAUGCGACACA